AUGGUGACUGUGAAAGCAACCCACGUAGUGAAACCAGUCGAGGAAACGCCUUCGAUGAUAAUGUACGUUGCCGACAUCGAUCAAAUCUACCCAAUACACACCCCAACCAUCUACUUUUACCGCUCUCCUAAUUCGUUUUCAUCGUUUCCAAUAAUGGUGGAAAUCCUAAAACAUUCUCUAAGCAAGGCACUUGUUAUUUUUUACCCCUUCGCCGGCCGCCUUCAGUGGACCCAUCGUAACCGCGUCCAAUUAAAUUGCAACUCCCUCGGGGCGCACCUUCUCGAGGCUGAAACCGAUGCCAGAAUAGAUGACUUCGCUCCUGACUACCGCCCCACCUCCGCUGUUCGGGAUCUUAUCCCAUAUGUGGAUUAUAGCCGUCCGAUCGAGGAUCUACCGCAGGUUUUGGUACAGUUGACGAAAUUCAGCUGUGGCGGCGUGAGUCUUGGCCUCGUGCUUUCUCAUUUUCUAGCCGACGGGCAGUCGGCUCUCCAUUUUAUCUCGGAAUGGGUUCGGAUUGCCCGAGGUGAGGGACCAGAAUACAUGCCGUUUCUAGACCGGACAGUGUUAAUGGUGCAGGAUGAGGAGGAGGAUCUGUUGCCAGCUGAUCAUUUCGAUGGUUCGGAUUAUAAGCAGCCGCCGUUAAUGAUCGGGAGUUUGAUGAAUAAUAUAGAGGAGAGUGAUGUGUUGAUGCUGAGGCUGAGCAAAGAGCAAAUAGAUAAGCUAAGGAGCAAAGCUAACGAGGAAAAGAAACGCCUUGGAGAUCUCGACCGUGGUUUCACCAGGUUUGAAGUAGUGGCGGGUCACAUGUGGAGAACCGCAAGCAAGGCGCGAAAGCACAUAGAGACUCAAGAAACGGCUUUGAGAGUGGUGGUGAAUUUUCGAAACAGGGUAAAACCUCCGUUGCCAAAGUUUUUCUUUGGGAACGCAGUGUUGCCUGUCGUCGUCUCCUCAACUUCCGGUGAGCUUGUUUCGAUGCCGUUGUCAUAUGUGGCUAGCAAGAUAAGGGCGGCCACGGAGAAGGUAACGGAUGAGUACGUGAAAAGGGCAACAGUUUUCCUUAGUAACCAAGAGGAUUUGUCGCAAUGGAGGUAUUUGCACGUAAUUAAUGGGAGCAACCAAGGAGUUUUCUAUGGGAAUCCAAACAUGGACAUUACGAGCUGGUUGACCCUUCCACAUAAUGAAGGAGGGACAGAUUUUGGGUGGGGAGAAGAAGACCACUUUGGGCCGGGUGCGCUUGGGUUUGAUGGCAAGUCUUUCAUUCUCUCUGAUAAAUCUCGCUCUGGUUCGGCUGUUGUCGCACUACGGUUGCAGGUGACUCAUAUUCAAGACUUCAAGACUUUCUUUUAUGAAGAUUUUUUAAAUUAG